AUGGCGGCAGGGUCCCAGGGUCUACGUCCGCUUGUCCUAGGUCUGCUGCUGUGCGCACUGAACCCCACUGUGUCCCAGGGUGGGAAGCUGUUGUUGGUCCCGGUGGAUGGCAGCCAUUGGCUGAGCAUGCUCGGGAUCGUCCAGCAGCUGCACCAGAGGGGACAUGACAUAGUGGUCCUAGCUCACGAGGCCUCCGUGCACAUCAAAGAAGGAGCAUUAUACACCUUGAAGAGGUACCCUGUGCCAUUCCGAAGGGAGGACGUGGAAGCGGCUUUUAUCAGACUUGGGCACGGUGUUUUUGAGAAUGAGCCUUUGCUGCAGCGUGUGGUCAAAAUGUAUAAGAAAGUCAAGGAGGACUCUGCCCUGCUUUUGUCUGCCUGCUCCCACUUACUGCACAACAAGGAGCUAAUGGCCUCGCUGGUGGAAAGCAGCUUCGAUGCCGUGUUGACAGACCCUUUCCUCCCUUGUGGCCCCAUCGUGGCCCUGUACCUGGGUCUGCCUGCCGUGUUCUUCUUGAAUGCGCUGCCGUGUGGCCUAGAUUUUCAAGGUACCCUGUGUCCCAACCCACCAUCCUAUGUGCCCAGGGCUCUGUCCCUUAACUCAGAUCACAUGACCUUCCUACCGCGGGUGAAGAACAUGCUCAUUUUCUUGUCAGAGAGCUUUCUGUGCAAUGUGGUUUAUUCCCCGUACGGACCACUUGCCUCUGAAGUCCUUCAGAAAGAUAUGACUGUCCAGGACCUGAUGGGCUCUGCAUCUCUCUGGCUUCUCAGAAGUGACUUUGUCAAGGAUUACUCCAGGCCCAUCAUGCCCAACAUGGUUUUUGUUGGUGGGAUCAACUGUGCCAGCAAAAGCCCACUGUCCAAGGAAUUUGAAACCUAUGUUAAUGCUUCCGGAGAACAUGGAAUUGUGGUUUUCUCUUUGGGCUCCAUGGUCUCAGAGAUUCCUGAGAAGAAAGCUAUGGAAAUUGCUGAUGCUUUGGGCAAAAUAUCUCAGACAGUCCUGUGGCGGUAUACUGGCACUCCACCCCCAAAUCUCGCGAAGAACACAAUCCUUGUCAAGUGGCUGCCCCAGAAUGAUCUGCUUGGUCACCCGAAAACUCGGGCCUUUAUCACACAUUCUGGCUCCCAUGGCAUAUAUGAGGCAAUUUGCAACGGCGUUCCAAUGGUGAUGCUGCCCUUGUUUGGUGAUCAGAUGGACAACGCGAAGCGCAUGGAGACCCGGGGCGCUGGCGUGACCUUGAACAUCCUGGAAAUGACUUCUGAAGAUUUAGCAAAUGCCAUAAAAACUGUCAUCAAUGACAAAAGCUAUAAGGAGAACAUCAUGCACCUCUCCGGGCUGCACAAGGACCGCCCCAUCGAGCCCCUGGACCUGGCUGUGUUCUGGGUGGAGUUUGUGAUGAGGCACAAGGGGGCUCCACACCUGCGCGCUGUAGCCCACGAUCUCACCUGGUACCAGUACCACUCUCUGGAUGUGAUCGGCUUCCUCCUGGCCAUUGUGCUGGGGGUUGUCUUCAUCACUUAUGAAUGUUGCGCCUUGGGCUGCCGGAAGUGCUUUGGGAAGAAAGGACGAGUUAAGAAAUCUCACAAAUCCAAGGCACACUGAGAAGUAGGUGGGAAAUGAGAUGACCCAAAGUUGCAACCACAGGCAACGUUAAAUUCAUGUUCUGCUUAUUAAAGAAAUACUUAGCCCUGAAUGAGAUACCCCUGAGUGUUUUUUUAAAAAUAAAAACAAUCUAAUUGCUAGUGACACCU